AUGGAGAAGCUGGCGGCCGGACUGGCCGGGCUGCGCUGGAGCAUGGGCGCCUUCCCGCUCGACCUCAUCGUCAGCCGCUGCCGCCUGCCCACGCUCGCCUGUCUCGGGCCAGGGGAGUAUGCCGAGGGCGUCAGUGAGCGUGACAUUUUGCUCAUCCACUCCUGCCGCCAGUGGACAACAGUGACUGCCCACACCCUGGAGGAAGGCCACUACGUCAUUGGCCCCAAGAUCGACAUCCCCCUGCAGUAUCCAGGGAAGUUCAAGCUCCUGGAGCAGGCCCGGGAUGUGCGGGAGCCGGUGAGGUACUUCAGCAGCGUGGAGGAGGUGGCCAGUGUCUUCCCUGACCGCAUCUUUGUGAUGGAAGCCAUCACCUUCAGUGUCAAGGUGGUGUCGGGCGAGUUCAGCGAGGACAGCGAGGUGUACAACUUUACGCUCCACGCGGGCGACGAGCUCACUCUCAUGGGCCAGGCGGAGAUUCUGUGCGCCAAGACCACCAAGGAGCGCUCGCGCUUUACCACCCUUCUGCGCAAGCUGGGCCGGGCCGGGGCGCUGGCCGGGAUGGCAGGCGGCGGCGGCCCGGGGAGCGCGGGGGCUGCGGGCGCCGGCGGGGGCGCCAGACCCAUCAAAGGCAAGAUGCCCUGCCUCAUCUGCAUGAACCACCGUACCAACGAGAGCCUGAGCCUGCCCUUCCAGUGCCAAGGCCGCUUCAGCACGCGCAGCCCGCUGGAGCUGCAGAUGCAGGAGGGCGAGCACACGGUGCGCGCCAUCAUUGAGCGCGUGCGGCUUCCGGUGAACGUGCUGGUGCCCAGCCGGCCGCCUCGCAACCCCUACGACCUGCACCCGGUGCGCGAGGGCCACUGCUACAAGCUGGUCAGCAUCAUCUCCAAGACCGUGGUGCUGGGGCUGGCGCUGCGCCGCGAGGGCCCGGCGCCGCUGCACUUCCUGCUGCUCACGGACACGCCGCGCUUCGCCCUGCCGCAGGGCCUGCUGGCUGGGGACCCACGCGUCGAGCGCCUGGUGCGCGACAGCGCCUCCUACUGCCGCGAGCGCUUCGACCCGGACGAGUACUCCACGGCCGUGCGAGAGGCGCCCGCCGAGCUCGCCGACGACUGCGCCAGCCCGCGCCGCGCGCGCCUCUGCCUGGCCGCGCCGCGCGUCCCCGUGCCCUUCCGGACGCCCGCCCUGCUCGGCCCGCAUCCGCCCACCGGCGAUGGUGACCAGGAGUACGUGAGCCCCGACUGGGCUGCGUCUGAAUCUGCCGCGCCGCCCCCCGAAAUCCCCUACGAGGAGCUGUGGACGCACCAGGUGGCCGAAAGCCUCGCCGAGGGCAGGCCUAGGCCGCCCCCAGGGCCUGACCUCAUCUCCUUCGGGGCCACUGGGCCACCACGCCUGGAGCUCGCGGCGCCGCCGCCUCCAGUCCCUCCCAAAUCCGAGGCUGUUAAGGAGGAGUGCCGCCUGCUCAAUGCCCCGCCUGUCCCUCCCCGGGGUGGCAAUGGCAGCCGGCUCUCGGGAAGCCCCCCUGUGCCCCCGCGCUUUCCCAAGCUGCAACCUGUCCACUCACCCAGCUCCAGCCUCUCCUACUACUCCUCUGGCCUUCAGGAUGGGGCAGGCUCCCGCAGUGGAAGUGGCUCCCCGUCCCCGGAUGCCUACUCACUCUACUGCUACCCUUGCACCUGGGGGGAUUGCAAGGUGGGCGAGUCUUCGAGCCGCCCAACCUCAGGACCCCUGCCCUCUACCACGCAGCCCAGCCAGGCCUCCCGGGCGCAUGCUGAGCCCCUGAGCAGUCGAGCUGCUUCUGUCUUGGGGGCUGACACCCCUGCCAAAGCCUACCACAGCUGCUCGCCUCUGUUCAAGCCCUCCCACCCCCAGAAACGCUUUGCUCCAUUUGGAGCUCUCAACCCUUUUUCCGGGCCUGCCUACCCUUCAGGCCCUUCAGUGGUCUCUUCUUCUGGGCCCACAACCACCUUGGGCCCCCUGGCUACCUCCAGCCCUGCUUAUUCUCCAGGCCCAGCUUCGCCAGGCCAGGCCUAUUCAGCUGCUCCCACUUCCUCAUGCCCCACCAUCUCCUCCUCCUCUUCCUCUGAGUGGCAAGAACCAGCCCUGGAGCCCUUUGAUCCCUUUGAGCUGGGCCAGGGCGGUUCUCCAGAGCCCGAGCUGAUGCGAUAUCAGGAGCCCAGAGCUGUGGAAGGACCUGGGCCUGGACCCCGCCUUUCACCCCUUGGUCCCCCCAAGGCCUUUGAGCCUGAAGGUCUGGUGCUGCGGCAGGUCCCCACCCCACUGUCACCAGUGCAGGGGCCCGAGGCAGGUGGGGCACGACUCUUUCUCACCCAGGGGCGCCUGGAAGGGACUCCUGCCAGUCCCCGGGAUGGAGCUGCAGGCUGGGGAGGCCGGGAUGCCUCCUCCUGGCAGCCCCCCGCGGACCUGUCUGCGCUUUCCCUGGAGGAGGUCUCUCGCAGUCUGCGUUUCAUCGGGCUCUCAGAGGAUGUGGUGAGCUUCUUUGCCCGAGAACGCAUUGAUGGUAGCAUCUUUGUGCAGCUCAGCGAGGACAUCCUGGCAGACGACUUCCACCUCACCAAACUGCAGGUCAAGAAGAUCAUGCAGUUCAUCAAAGGCUGGCGGCCCAAGAUCUGAGCUGCCCGGCUAGUAGCUGUACGACUGGAAUGCUGGUGCAGGGACCAUGGGCACAGCGUGUGCCUGCUGGGGAUGGCACUCCUCAAGCAGUGGGCAGUGCUGCCUGCGGGGCCAUCCACACCGGGAUUGAGGCUGCUAGGCAGUCACGCAGAGUGAAUUCAGGGGAGACACACUUGGGGAUGUGGGCCUCAGCACAGGGAUGCCUUGCCUUCUGUGUUUGCAGAGUACGUGGGGAGGGGGCUGGAGGUGCAAGUGUACACAUGGGCCUGGUGAGGCAUUUGCUGCAAUUCCCGUAGGGUGGGUUAAAGCUGGCCUUCGUGCCCUGCUACAGAACUUCACAAAUGUCUUGCACUUCUCAGGCUUGUAGAUUCAGGUUAGAGACAAGGAAAGAAGAAUGGUCUGUAACUGAAGCACAAAUUCCCCAAGUGCCCUCUCUCCUUUGUGCUCUGUGGGCUUUUGGCCCAAGCUGCCCCAGAGUCAGAGGUGCCAAUGUCUGUGUGCGGAAUGCCCUUCUUUCCCCAUCUGCUCUACCUUGAUUGAGGCUCCCGGGCCCGAGCACAGGUGCAUCAUGCCCAAGCAUCAGCCCCGCACCUGAGAGGCUCUGCCUCAGGGCUCUGGUUUGUGGGUGACGACUUUGGAGAGCACGGCUCUGCCCUUGACCUACUUACCUAGUUAGGGAGGCAGGUGUUCCCCGAACAUCUAGAGCACCCUGCUCCUGCUCUGGGCUCUGCAGCCAGUGGUUCAGCCUCUCAGGUUGGGUUGUCUCUGGAAUCUGACUCCACGAUGAGCAGGUAGCUUGAGGUUAGCUGCUGCUUGGUUGUAGAGGGAAGUGGUGUUCACUCUCUCCCUCUUCUGCCACUCUCCUGCCCUCAUCAUAGCACUGAAGAACACACGGUGUCCCUCCCUGUUUGCUUUUUUGUCACUGGUACAGGUGAGUGCGGCUGGGAGAAAGCACAGUGGCUUGGGAAAGCCUACCUUUUUACCUCCUCAUGGAGCUCAGCUCUGCUGCGCUUGUUCACAUGAAUCUUGAGCAUGGUGGGCUGCUGGCUGCCUGGCACUCCGGUCUUGUGUACAAGCACCCCAUCACCCCACACCACUACCAGCUGCUCUCACUAACCACGGCCAGGCUAAUUCUCCUCAUGCCCACUCGUGUCAGGGCGCUGAAGUACCAGCCUUCUCUUCUGCCUUACCUAGUCUACAUAGAUAUUUAUUUCCUCAGUGUUUUAUCUUCACAGUAGUAAAGCCCUGCUGGUACCCAUGCCCUGAGCAGGCUGCCUCGGCUGAGGGAGAGGGAGCAGGAGGACGAGCAUAAAACAGGAACUGAGACCUGUUGUUUUCUUGCAGAUGACUUAGUGACUCCUCAUGGAUAGUGAAAUAAAUGCUAGACCGCUGAUGAAUAGUGCGAGUGGGGCUCUGUGUGUCAACUGCUUUUUCUUGUGAAGGACCACAGGGACUGACAGGCACAAUGUCCGUGCCACUGGGCGGGAGAGGACUUUGGAAUAGUCCAUGCAGCCCAUUCAUACAUCCCUGGAAGCAGCUGGAAGUGCAGCCUUCCUUUCCCUCUGAAAGCCCCUCACCUGCCCCUACCUGACAAGAACCCUCCAACUCUCGCUAA